AUGUAUAAAGAAGAAGCAAUUCCAUUAAUCACAUAUGAUGCUUAAAAUAGAAGUAAGUAAAUAUUCAAUAGAUAGCUUACAAUUUGGCAGAAGAGGCGGCAAAAAUGAUUAGAUCUAUAAAUAAUCCAAUUGCAAUUAUCUCAGUAGCAGGUUUGUAUAGAACAGGAAAAUCAUAUCUAUUAAAUAGAAUAGUACUCAAUCGUAGCAAUGGUUUCGGAGUUGGACCAACAGUAAAUCCAUGCACAAAAGGAAUGUGGGUUUGGGGAACACCCAUUACAGUUGGAAAGACUUCAAUUUUAAUAGUAGAUUCAGAAGGAACAGGUGCUUUGAAUGACUCAGAUGUUAAUCAUGACACAAGAAUAUUUGCUCUUGCUGUUUUAUUGGCAUCGUCAUUUGUUUAUAAUUCAGUUGGAGCUAUUGAUGAAGGAGCAUUAGAAUCAUUAAGCUUUGUUGUCAAUUUGACAAAAUUCAUAUAAUUAAGAUCAAAUGAAGAGCCAGAUUCUGAAGAAUAUGGAGAAUUUAUGCCUUAAUUCUUUUGGGUAUUAAGAGAUUUUUCAUUAUAAUUGUUGGAUAACAAUGGAGACACUCUUACAAGUCAUCAAUAUUUAGAGAGAUCUUUAUAAGAAUAACCAGGAUUUUGUGAUAGAGUAGAGGAGAAGAACAGAAUAAGAAGAUUAUUGAGAACAUUCUUUCCUGAAAGAGAAUGUUUUACAUUAGUAAGACCAGUUAAUAAUGAGAGUUAAUUAUAAUCACUUUAACAUUUGGAUCUUAAAUAAUUAAGACCAGAAUUUUAUGAAUAAGCAAUAUCUUUGAGGAAAAUGCUGUUUUCUAAAGUGAAACCUAAAUAAUUUAGAGGGAAAACACUUACAGGUGGAAUGUAUAUCAAUUUGAUUAAGUAAGAGUGUAUAAAAUUAAUUUAGUUCUUAUUUAUAAGCAAUGAAUAAUGGAUGUGUAGCCACGAUUGAGAGUUCAUGGACAUAUGUAUUUAGAGAAGAAUGUAGAAAAUUAUAAACAGAAGCAUUUGAAAUAUAUGAAAAAUAGAUUAAAGAAAAUUUGCUUUCAAAACUUCCAACUACUCUUGAGGAUAUAAAGGCUUUGAAUAAAGUAUGUAAGAAUAAGGCUAUUACACAUAUGGGGAAUAAUGCUGAAAUAAUUCCAUAUGUAAAUGAAUUAAAACAAAAGAUUAAAGGUAAAUUUGAGAAUCUUUUGGCUUUUAAUGAAACUGAAUCUAUGGCUUUAUGUAAAUAAUAUUUGGUAUCAUAAUUUGCUCCUAUUGAUCAAAAAUUAAAAAUGUCAGAAUAUAAAUCUUAUGUUGAAUUUGAAAAGGAUUUAAAAUUGUUCAAUAUCUUUUUGGAUGAACAUGGACCUAAGGUUGUUAAAAGAAAAUAAAUGUUUGUAGAAUUUAUAUAAAAGAUGACAAAUGAAGGAGCUACAUUUUUUGUAUAAAAUAUCCAAUAGGAUUUUGAAGGAUAUAAGAAGUUUUCUGAAGAACAAAUAAAUAAAUUAUAAAAUGGAUUAAACACUAUAAAAAUAGAUUCACAAAAAUAAUUAGAUUAAUAGAAUUAAUAAAUUAAAUAAUUAAAUUAAUAAAAUAAUGAAAUAACACAAAAAUAUAAAAUAUAAUGUGAUGAAUUAGAAAAGUUGAAAUAAAAAAAUACAUAAACUACAUAAUAAAUGAAAACAUAAUUUGAAAAUGAUUAUAAUAAAUUGUAAACUAGUUUUGAAGAAUUAAAAUAGAAAUGUUAGAUGGCUGAAGAAUCAUUAAAGAAUGCAGAAAGAGAGUAAUUUAUUUUGUAGAGUGAAUCAAAAAAGAAAGAAGCUUUAUUAGAAUAGAAAAUAUCACAUUUAUAAAAGUUGAAUGAUGAAUUCAACAAAAAAGAGAAAUAAUAUGAUUCAUCUUUGAUGACAUCUAAGAGUGAGUUUUCUGUUAAAUUGAGAGAAUUAACAGCAUCUUAUGAAUAAACUUUAAGUGAAGUAAGAGCUUAGAAUUUGUAAUUAAAUGAAAAGUUAUAGGAGACUUCAGAUUAAUUAAUGUAAUUAGAAAUUAAAUAUGAAAAUUAUUAUUAAGUUUAAACUCAUAAAGAAGAGACUUAAAGUAAUGCUAUCAAGAAAUUAAUGUAAUCAUAAUAAACAUUACAAGAAUAAAUUAAUAUUGAAAUUUCAAAAAAUAAAUAACUUUAAGAUGAAUUAUUAUAGACUUAAAUGUAAGUAGAAUCAAAUGAAGUUGGUGAAUAAUAUAAAUAAUAAGUUAAAUUAUUGGAAAUUAAAUUAUAAGAAUAAAAAUAAAUAUAAUUGAAGAGUGAUGCAGUUUUGAAUCAAUAAAUUUAAUUUUUGUAGAUGGAAUUAGAAGAAAAGAAAAAUACUAUUAAUGAUGUCAAAAAAUCUCAUGAAUCAGCAAUGUUGGCUUUAGAAUAAUCAUAAAAUACAUAAAAUUAAUAAUAAUUAAAUAAAUCUCUUAUUGAUUUGAAAGAAUAACAUAUGAUUGAAAUUAGAUAAGCAGAACAAAAUUCAUAACAGUUAAGAAAACAAUUACAAUAAUAAUUAGAUUAAUUAUAAAGUGAACUAUAAGAAGCAGAAAUGAGAGGGGAUGUAUACUUAUAAGAAAAGAAUAAAUUAUAAGAAGAAUUAAAUGAAAGUUAUUAAGUUUAAGAUGAAUUGAAAUAAAAGAUUUAAUAAUAAUUAAAAGAGAUGGAAUCAAAUAAAUAUACAUAAUUUAGAGAAAAGGAAUUAAGAAUGAAUUAAAGAAUUAAAUAAUUAGAAGAGGAAUUAAGUUAAUGCAAAUAAUAACUAUAAAAUAUGGGUAAUGUAGAUAAAAAUAGUAUUGAAUAAUAAGUGAAUGAAUUAAGAAAUUAUUAUGAAAUGGAAAAGGAUGUUUUGGAGAGAAGAAUUCAUGAAGAAAGAUAGAAAGCUGAUUAGAAAUAUUAAAUAUUAUUUGAAGAAUAAGAAUAGAAAAUGAGAGAUGAACAAUAAUAAUAUGAAGAAGAAAUAGAAACAUUAAAAGAUGAAUUAAGAGAUUUGGAAAUCAAUUUAACUACUUAAUAAUAAUAAUAUGAUAAUGAAAUAGAAUUAAAGAAUAAAUAACUUAAUUCUAUGGAGAAUAUUUUAAAUGAGACAAAAGAACAAUUAGUUUAAUUAUAAAAUACUUUCUAAACUUAAGUUGAAUAAAGAAUCAAUAAUCUUAAUGUGACAAUAUAAUCAUUAGAAAGUCAAUUAACUAAUUAAUAAUAGAAUAAUUAAUAAUUAGUUAAGGAAAAUUAAUUAAUGACUUAGAAAGUAGAAAAUUUGGAUGUCAAAUUCCAAUAAAAAUUAAGUGAAUUCAAAUAAUUGAAAGAAGAUUAAGAAAAGGAGAAAACUUAAUUAUAAGAGACAUUAUAAGAUUUGAGAAGAAAAUAUACUGCAACUUGUGAUGAAUAUUUAGAGAAGAAGAUAAAUUAUGAAAAAGCUAUAGCAUUAAGUGCUUAAUAGAAUGAAUUUUUCGCCAAAAAAGUUGAAGAAUUGGAAAGAUAAUUAGAGAGUUGUAAUUUGAAAUAUGAAGAGAGAAUAAAAAUAUAGAAAUAGGAAUGGACUUAAGAACUAUCAGAUAGAUUAUCAAAAUUAAAUGAAGAGAAAUAAUUGAUUGAAUCUAAAAGUACAUAGCUUAAGAAACAAUUAAGAGAAAAGGAAACUUAUUUAUUGAAGGCUUAAUAAGAUUUAGAAAAAGAAACUGCUUUGUCAAAUGAAAAAAUUGUAUAUUUAGAAUAGAAAUUAAGAGAACAUGAAUAAUAAACAUCAUCAGAGAAUAGUAAUGCUGCUAUGUAAUUGAAAUAAUUAAGAGAAUAAUUUAAUAUAUUAAAAUCAAAAUCAUCAUCUGAUAUAGAUUAACUAAAAUCAUAAUUGACAAAUCUUGAAUUUGAGAAGUAAGAAUUAUAGGCUAAUUAUGAGAAGGAUAAGAUAUUAUGGGUAUUAUUAUAAUUUAAUAUUUUUAUAGUAAGGAAAAACAUAAUUUUUAGAAUCAUAAAGAGAAUCAUUGAAACUAGAAUUAGCUGAUGCCAUGAGAAAAUUUGAAACAACAAUUCAAACAUUAUAAAGAUAAAGAAGUCUAGAAAGAAAUGAUCAUAAUUAAGAUAUAACAGAAAUGUUAAAUUAGAUUGAAAGAAAGUAUUAAGAUUAAGUUAAAGAUAUAUAACAAUAACAUUAAAAGAAAUGUGAUGAUUAUUAAGAGAGAAUUGAAAGAUUAGAAAAAGAACUUAAACAAUCUCAAAGUAAAGAGUUACUUGAUCAAUAAUCUAAGAUUGGAUAACAAUUUGAAAGAAAGACUGCAGAAUUAUUAGAGAAUGAGAAAAGACUAUUAAAUACAAUUGAAGAAUUAAAAUAAGAAAGAGAUCAACGUAUACUUGAACAUCAUGAAGAAGUAGAAUAAGAAAAAGAGUAUUGGAGAAAUAAAAUUAAUGAAUUAGAAGAAAGAUAAAGAGAAUCAGAUAAAAAAUAAUCUUAACUAAUUUUCUAUCAUGAAAAAGAAAGAGCUAAAUGGAGUUAAGAAAAAGAUUAUAUUAUGUAAUAAAAAAUGGAAUUGUAAGAUUAAUUAUCAAGAUUAGAGAAAAAGAAAGAAUUAUUACUAAAAGAAAAUGAAAAAAUGAAGAAUUCUUCAAAAAGUCUUAGAAAAUAUAAUCCUAAUCAAACUCUUAAUAAUAGUUAUUUAAAUAAAUAAGCAAGUGAUAAAAAGAUCCCUUCAUAAGUAUAUUAUUAUUCUAUUAAAUUAUUAGGAAGUAGUUAAUAUGAGUUAUGAUGUAACUAAAUCAUUAGAGGAUAAAGAUCCAAGUGCUAAAGAAAAUCUAUCUACAUCAACAACUUUUGGUAGUUUCAAAAAAUAUUAUUAAAUGAUGAACUCUAAACAAGUCAGUCCUAGUAAAAUAAAAGAGAUUUCAGAUAUUUGA